UGUCGAAGUACGCGUCGAAGCUCCAGCUAUCCGAAACCAGACCUCGUCAAAGUACUAACUGAAUUGGCGAUCAUUCACUAUUUGGGACGUCGAUCCAUUAAUUGGCAUCGGUUGCCUUUCCAUACUCGCUUCCUACGGAGUAUGACACUCUUCUGAACUCCUAACUCGUUUCAGCGAUCAUCCUAAUGUUCAACUUUCCUCUUCACCAUCGCCGAGACUGAGUGAUCGGGAUUGCGGCCCUUCAUAGAGAGAGAGAGAGAGAUAGAGAGAGAGAGAGCGUCCGCCCGCCAUGCGCGAGCAGCAUACCUCUAUCAGAAGAACGCUCCGUAUCUGCUCCUCUCGACGCUUCCGCUUCCUCUUCGCUUGCGUUACCGUCUUCUCACUAUUCUCUCUCCUUUUCUCUCGACUGAAUACCGUCACAGGUCAACGCACCCUGUCCCGAUAUGCCAACCGCAUACCCUCUGUGCCGAAGAUCAGGGUUCCUACCUCUGACAGCAUUUUGAAUGAUUUUCGGCAACCAGUCAACCCGCUUCCGCGAGAGAAGAACGAUAUCUUUGACGAUAGGUCUGGUUCGGAGAAGUUGCUCUCCGUGCCCUUUUCCUCCGCUCUCGCUCUCGCCCUCGACGAAUAUCGCUCCAUCCUCCCUCCACUGGAGGAUCGUGCACCAAUAUACUGCUACCAUGACCCUGCCGCCGCUGAGGAUAGGACCACGGCGGAUGCGGAAAGCGACCUUCUGCUGACCUGGCGCCGUGCUUGGUGGGCCCACGGCUUCAGACCUAUCAUUCUCGGGCCAGCGGAUGCUUUGAACAACCCUUUGUACGGCGAACUUCAGCGCCUCGAUCUGGAACCCGCUGUGAAGACCGAGAUCACGCGCUGGCUGGCCUGGGAGACUGCGGGCGGCGGCUUGCUGUCUUUCUACACCGUGCUGCCCAUGGGGCCUGAGGAAGAUCCCGAACUCAUCUUCCUCCGGCGUGGGAUAUACCCCAAACUCAUCCGGUGGCAAGGCCUCGAUGAUGGCCUGUUGGCAGGGUCUCAACUAGAUGUUUUGGCGGCCAUCAAGCACGUCCUGGCCAGUAGCGAGCCUAAGCAGGUCAAGGGCUUUCUCGCAGCUGCACCCACCGAGCGUUUCCAGGUGGAUGAUAUGCCCAAACCUAUCGUUUACUAUGAUGCCUCCCUUAUCAAGACCAAGUACGGCAAAGUCAACGAGGCUCUCAACGACAGCCGCGCUCGAGGCCUAAAGAGCUUGAAUCUGCUCAUCAACAGCCACCUUCAUGCGGCCUGGCAGAAUCACUUCUCCGACGGCAUAGCAGUGAUGAAGCCGCUCCCCGAACACUCGACACAUAUGAUCAGCGACGCCCGGCAGCUUGCCGUGAGUCUCUCCCAAUGCUCGCCCUCGCCCAUGGUGAAUUCAUGCCCUCCCAACAAUGACCAAUGCAACCCUUGCGUCUCCUCACGGCCCAUGCAUAUCAGCACCCCAGGACGAUAUCAGAACAUCAGCACUCUCUACACCAUCGGCACCGUGCCGCAUCCUUACACCACCGCCCUCCUCAGAGAGCUCCGGAAAGAGGUUGACAUACCUUGGAUCCGCUGGAACUCGCCCCGCGACCCUUGGCUGCGUGCCGCCACCAUGGGGCUUCUCGGCGCCACCGUCAGCUCCGCCAUCCGCGUUGUUCGCUUCAAGGAGAUGGUAGCUAGCCAAUACGGCACGGCCCACUCCCUCUGGCUGACGGCCGAGAAGUUGAUCGAAGAGGAUAAGCUCAAGGACUACCUCGACUGGCACUUUGGCUUCGCCAUCCCAUACGACCAAGACCGGGGCUACAGCGACCCGGGACCAGGGCGCCGUCCCAAGCCGGAGCACGACCCCGUCGAUGGUCCCGUUGCAAACGAAGCAGACCUUGCUUUAGAACCCUUUCUACUGCAGAGGGCCCGCGAGCUUCAUGUGACCCACAACGACGUGGACGGCGAGGAAGGGGGGGACCGACACCAGGCUGUCGCUGUGCGCGCCGCUAUCGAGGCUUGGAACCUUGGCGACACGGAGGCGUGGAAGUUUGCUACGGCGUUCCUUGCGCAACGCAUCGUCGAGCGCUUGGAAUGGGAGAAGGAUGAAAGCGGGUAAUACCAGGGAAGGCAUGGCUGGCGUUGAGCAUGGUGUUUCCGGCAGAGUUGCCUGACUUACAUUUGUGUAGUUGGGAAAACUAGGUAUGGUAUAGACUGGCGUCAAGGGAGUGAAUACUUAUUUUCUGUCCGUCUCAAGAGGUCCUUAUGCGACAAGAAUGUAGCUAAACAAGGAGCCUCAAGACCCGACAAUGGAGAGGGGAAAAAAUCGUGUUCACUAGCCAGAUGUUGAGUCUGUGGGGUCGAAAAGAAAUCUCCAGAAGAAACUGGAAUGCCAGCCUCCAGUGCGCCUCCGUUCGGCCCAAGAGACCAAGGUAACUUUCCCGGAAA